GCAGCAGAUGUUCAUUUGUAAUGCUGCCUUAAGGAUUAAGGAGAUGAGAGCAAAUUGUUCCAGCAGCUCAGCCUGCCCUGCCAACAGUUCAGAGGAGGAGUUGCCAGUGGGGCUGGAGGUCUAUGGGAACCUGGAACUUGUUUUCACAGUGGUGUCAGCCGUGAUGACCGGCCUGCUCAUGUUCUCCUUGGGAUGCUCUGUGGAGAUCCGGAGGCUCUGGUCGCACAUCAGGAGACCCUGGGGCAUUGCUGUGGGACUGCUCUGCCAGUUUGGGCUCAUGCCUCUUGCUGCCUAUCUCCUGGUCAUCAGCUUCUCUCUGAAGCCAGUCCAAGCUAUGGCUAUCCUCAUCAUGGGGUGCUGCCCAGGGGGAACCAUCUCUAACAUUUUCACCUACUGGGUUGAUGGAGAUAUGGAUCUCAGCAUCAGUAUGACAACUUGGUCCACAGUGGUUGCCCUGGGAAUGAUGCCACUCUGCCUUUAUCUCUACACCUCGUCCUGGAAUCUUGAGCAGAAUCUCACCAUUCCAUAUCAGAACAUAGGAAUUACCCUUGUGUGCCUGACCAUUCCUGUGGCCUUUGGUGUCUAUGUGAAUUAUAGGUGGCCAAAACAAUCCAAAAUUAUUCUUAAGGUUGGAGCCAUUGUUGGUGGGGUCCUCCUUUUGGCGGUUGCAGUUGCUGGUGUGGUGCUGGCGAAAGGAUCUUGGAAUUCAGAUAUCAUUCUUCUGACCAUCAGCUUCAUCUUUCCUUUGAUUGGCCAUGUCACAGGCUUUCUCCUGGCACUUCUUACCCACCAAUCUUGGCAGAGUUGCAGGACGAUUUCCUUAGAAACUGGAGCUCAGAAUAUUCAGAUGUGCAUCACCAUGCUGCACCUAUCUUUCACUGCCGAGCAAUUAGUCCAGAUGCUUAGCUUCCCAUUGGCCUAUGGACUCUUCCAGCUGUUGGAUGGGAUUCUCAUUGUUGCAGCAUAUAAGAUGUACAAGAGGACACUGAAGAUCAAACACAGAAUAAAGAAUCCCGCUUUAAGGGUAGAAGCCCGCUUCAAGAAGAAAUCCACUUCUCCCAAAGAGACCAGUGCUUUCUUGGAGUGAAGAGUGAUCCUCAUUGUUAUGUGAAGUCGUCAAGCUGUGAAUUUUAACCUCACAAGAGUUAGAACUCUGUGUAGAGGAGAUGUCACCUCAUACUGCAGGGCAAGGACAGAGUCUGGACCCACUUGACUUCUCGACUUUGGGCAAGUCCUUUGGGGCAUUGGGGAGGAAGCAUACAGCUCUUAUAAAAAUGGGGUCUUUUCUCAAAUGAUUUUUUUUUAAGGGCUUGAAAAUCUCUUUAGAUUUAUAGAUGUAAUCACGAACCUCGAGGGAACUUAAUGAACACUUGAAGUUAAUAUUUUUACUCCCUAGAGAUAGACACAAUGUAUAUUCUUCUAAUAUACAUUUAUGCAUUAUGUCAUUUUAAAAACAUUGAGGGCUUCCCUGGUGGCGCAGUGGUUGGGAGUCCGCCUGCCGAUGCAGGGGACGCAGGUUCGUGCCCCGGUCCAGGAGGAUCCCCCAUGCCGCGGAGCGGCUGGGCCUGUGGGCCUUGGCCGCUGGGCCUGCGCGUCCGGAGCUUGUGCUCCGCGGCGGGAGAGGCCGCGGCAGUGAGAGGCCCGUGUACCGCAAAAAAAAAAAACAAACCAAAAAACAAAAAACAUUGAGAUCAUUCCACAUAUACUGUUUCAUAAGUCACUUCAUGAAAUAUUGUGGAGCAUCUUUACAUGGCAGUCUAUGUUGACCUACCUCAUUCCUUAGAACAGUGGCUUUACAGAAGUAUUCCAGUGCAUGAAAGGUCUAUAAUUUAUUUAACCAUCCCUUAGUCAUGGACAUUUAGAUAGCUUUCAACUUGGUGUUACGGUGCCGCUACAGACACUUGUGCCUUCAUGCAAGUGUUUCUGUAGGAUCAUUUUCUAGACUUGAAAAUGUGCAACCAGGCUGAGGGCACAUUAAAAUGUUGGGCAGUGAGCUCUCUGGCAACACUGUUCAGUAGUGCCUGAGAGUGUCUGGUUUUUCCACAGCCACACCAGUCUUAAGAAUGAUCAUUCUGCUUUGUGAAAAUACCUCAUUUAUUGCAUUGUUAAAAUUAUACAAUGAAGUGAAGCAGAGUAUUUUUCAUGGAUGCUUGCUUGUUCAUGUACUUUGCCUGCUUUUUUUUUUUUUUAAAGAAAUGGCCUUUGAUUGAUUAAUUAGUUAAUUUUUUGGCUGCCUUGGGUCUUCGUUGCUGCGUGCGGGCUUUCUCUAGUUGCGGCGAGCAGGGGCUGCUCUUCCUUAUGGUGUGUGAGCUUCUCAUGGCGGUGGCUUCUCUUGUUGCGAGCACGGGCUCUAGGGCGCACGGGCUUCAGUAGUUGUGGCUCGUGGGCUCAGUAGUUGUGGCUCGUGGCUCUAGAGCGCAGGCUCAGUAGUUGUGGCACAUGGGCUUAGUUGCUCCAUGGCAUGUGGGAUCUUCCCGGACCAGGGCUCAAACCCAUGUCCCCUGCAUUGGCAGGCAGAUUCUUAACCACUGUGCUACCAGGGAAGUCCCCUUGCCUGCUUUUCUAUUGCAGUUUUUCCUUUUUAACUGAUAAGACAGUGACCCUUUGUUCUAUGUUUUGUCAACAUUUUACCUACUCGUUUGUCUUUUUAUUUUUGUAUAAUUUCUUUGCUGUACGGAAGUUUUAUAUUUUUUAUAUAUACCACUUUAUUAGUCUUUUAAAAAAUGUUUUUUGACCUUAAUAUCUGUCAAAUGUUAGACUAUUUAUACUUUUGUGUGGAUUGUGAAUUGGAAAAGGACCCACCCCUCUUUGAGAAUGUAUUUGGCCCCUUUUCAGGGAGUUCUUUUUUGGGGUUAAUACACAUACUUACUAGCUGCUGUGUAUACUGUCAGUAGAUAAAACCCAUCCUCCUCCUCUAUUCUGACAUUAUUAAAAAUAUGUCCCAUAUA